GCCAGCGCAGAAGUGACAGCAGUGCCCUUGGGGAGUGACAGCUUCGCUCACCCUGGAUUCCCGGAGCUCCUCGCCAUGCCCGGCUGGCUAUAGAAGCUCCAUGGAGCUAGCUAACUUCUACGAGGUGGAGUCCAGGCUACCCAUGAGUGCGCCAUCUCAUCACGGUUCGUACGGCUACAGGGAGCCCGGAGCUGCAGCUGCUUCUGAUCUCCAAGAGUUGUGUGAGCAGGAGAACUCAAUAGACAUCAGCGCUUAUAUUGACCCUGCUGCUUUCAACGACGAGUUCCUGGCGGACCUCUUUCACCACAACAAGCAGGAGAAAACCAAGGGAGAUUUUGAGUACCACCAGGGGUCAUCUGCUGCAGGGCACCCCCAAAUGUAUGGCUGCAUGGCCAGCUACAUGGACAGUAAGAUGGACUCUGCUCUCAGACCACUGGUGAUCAAACAAGAGCCCAGAGAAGAAGAAGAAAGCAACAGAGCUUCACUGGCUGCCCUGUACCCCCACCAUCCCAUGCAGCACCCAUCUCAUCUGCAGUAUCAGGUUGCCCAUUGUGCUCAGACCACCAUGCAUCUACAACCUGGGCACCCAACUCCUCCUCCCACCCCGGUCCCCAGCCCGCACCACCACCCUCCACACCCUGCACACCAUCACCUGCAAGGACCUUCUGCCAGGGCCAUGUCCUCGUCGUCCUCCUCUGCUUCUUCAUGUUCUUCAGAGCACAGAGGCAAAACCAAGAAGUGGGUGGACAAGAACAGCAGUGAGUACAGGGUGAGAAGGGAAAGGAACAACAUUGCCGUGAGGAAGAGCAGGGACAAAGCCAAAAUGCGCAAUGCUGAGACCCAGCAUAAGGUUAUUGAGUUGUCCACGGAGAAUGAUAAGUUGAGGAAGAGAGUGGACCAGUUGAGUCGAGAACUGGAGACUUUAAGGGGCAUCUUCAGGCAGCUGCCAGAGAGCUCCCUGGUCAAAGUGAUGAGCAACUGUGGAUGAACUGACAGAAACUUUCUAUGCUCCAGGUGCUCUUCUAUCCAUUAAAAAAGUGAAACAGACGCUAUUAAAUAAAUGGAUCCUUCUACCCAAUCAUGAAGUCCACAUUUUAAGGACACGGAUUGAAACUUUGCCCUACCAGACAUUAUUAUUGUAAUUCUUUUCUGCUUCAGCAGGUCCCAAACACUUGCAAGAUCUGUAUGAACCAGGCAGCUGUGGUGGUGCUAGACACAAUCUGGCUAUGUCAUGUGUCAAACUUAAAACAGUGAGGUCCCUCCAGUAAUAUGAAGUUAGAAUAUUUUUCUAUUUUUUGUACUCUUUGUAAAAAAAAAAACAAAAAAGUUGUUUAAAUUGUUAAAUGAAUUCUCCAUUUAGCAACUUGGAGUUUGUGUAUUUGCUGUAACAACUUUUUUUUUUUAGUAAUGCACCGCAGUCGCUAGCAGCUAAAGGGUUAAGUUACAGUUUUAACCUUAGAGUAUGAUAAUGUUGUCAUUGCUUUAACUAAGGGAAUAUCCUUAUAUCUUUGAGAACAUAUAAGGGUAUAUAUGAUAGAAAUGUGCCUUACCUACUUCCAAAGUAUUUUUACCAUGUGUGCCUGUUACUGAUGUACAAUAGAUAAUAACUGAUCCGAUCAGCUAUCCUGAAAAGUAAAAUGAGCUGCCUUGAUACUGUCUAAGCAAUGUGUCUUAAAUAAGAUAAGCAUUCAUUUCUUAAUGUGCCUUAUAAAAUCUAUAUCUUUGCACCAGGGAAAGUUGACUGCAGUUGAAAAAUAGGAAAACGUAUUUUUUUUAUUACUGAUUCUAUAACAGGGAAGAUAUUUGACCUGUUUUACUUUUUGUGCAGAACUUGUAUUUAUGAAUUUUAAAUGUAUUUAAUCUGGCAAAGCAGUAUACUUUGCAGAAUAAUAUUAAUCAAAUAUUAUUCCACUAUACAAGAUUAUAAACACAUAUCCACAAAGCCAAAACUAUUGUAAAGUUCAUAGGAGUUCCAUUCAUAAAUGAAUAUUCAUUAUCUAUUAUUGCUGCUAAUUAUUUCAUGCUUUUUGUAUGUUUGCUUUAACACUGUGUAAAUUUUGCUCCUUUUUUUUUAAAUAUCUGGACCAGUGUAAUGUGAAUCAGGUACCAUUUCUAACUAUAUAUAGCUUUAACCAUUUAUUUGACUUUGCUUUACUGUUCAGUCUCCAUUUUCUGUUAUGGUAGUUUGCUGCAUUAGCAAUAGGGGUAACCAGUGAAACGAAGUUUAACUAAUAUAGGAAUUAUCUCAUUUUCACUAAGCAGCGUUCUUCCAUCCUAAUCAAUCCAAAGUUAUUGAAUGUGCAGAUAAACCACAUUUCUAGAAUUUAGCCCAUUUUGAACAGUAGUCUAACCACAUUCCAGGUUCCCAAAAGAGACCAAAAACAUUAGUGAUACCCCAUAAUAUUUACCACUUUAACUGAGUGCCAAAUCUUCAAACUUUUCAAUUUGGUGCACCUGACUACUAAAUUAUUUCUGCAUAGCAAACAAUAUGUACUUCAUUUAUUUUACAUGUUUGAUAUAUGCAAUACAAUGGUUGUGAAAAUCCUAUGGCAUAAAUGACUUUUUUUUUCACGUUUAUAAUUUGAAACACAUCCGCAUAGCAUUGUUUAUAUUUUUAACAUAAAUAAAAAAAUUAUUUACUUUUAAUGUAA